AUGUCAGACCUGGUCUCAAUUUUCCUCCAGCUCCUUCUCUUCAAGUUGGUUGCCCCGGUGACCUUUCGCCACCACCGCUAUGAUGACCUCGUACGGACGCUGUACAAGGUGCACAAUGAAUGUCCCCAUGUCACGCGGGUUUACAGCAUUGGGCGCAGUGUGAAGGGAAGACACCUCUACGUGCUGGAAUUCAGUGACUACCCUGGAAUCCACGAGCCCUUGGAACCGGAAGUCAAGUAUGUGGGGAACAUGCACGGCAACGAGGUGCUGGGCCGCGAGCUGCUGCUGCAGCUGUCGGAGUUUCUGUGCGAGGAGUUCCGCAACAGGAACCAGCGCAUCGUCCAGCUGGUGGAGGGCACGCGCAUUCACAUCCUGCCGUCCAUGAACCCCGACGGCUACGAGGUGGCCGCCGCCGCCCAGGACAGGGACAUUUCUGGGUAUCUGGUUGGCAGGAACAAUGCAAACGGAGUGGACCUGAACCGCAACUUCCCUGAUCUCAAUACCUACAUCUACUACAAUGAGAAGAACGGAGGCCCCAACCACCACUUACCCCUUCCAGACAACUGGAAAAAUCAGGUGGAACCCGAGACCCAGGCAGUGAUCCAGUGGAUCCGCUCCUUCAACUUUGUCCUUUCAGCCAAUCUCCAUGGAGGGGCAGUGGUGGCCAAUUACCCAUAUGACAAGUCCCUUGAGCACCGGGUCCGAGGUUUCCGCCGCACUGCCAAUACCCCCACGCCUGAUGACACACUUUUUCAGAAGCUGGCCAAGGUCUACUCCUAUGCACAUGGAUGGAUGCACCAAGGUUGGAACUGUGGGGAUUACUUCUCAGAUGGCAUCACCAAUGGGGCUUCCUGGUAUUCUCUCAGCAAGGGAAUGCAAGACUUUAAUUACCUCCAUACCAACUGUUUUGAGAUCACGCUAGAACUGAGUUGUGACAAGUUUCCGCGGCAAGAGGAAUUACAGCGCGAGUGGCUGAGUAAUCGGGAAGCCCUAAUUCAAUUCUUGGAACAGGUACACCAAGGCAUCAAGGGAAUGGUGCGCGAUGAGAAUUAUAAUAAUCUUGCGGACGCUGUCAUUUCUGUCAGUGGGAUUAACCAUGAUGUCACUUCAGGUGACCAUGGAGAUUACUUCCGGCUGCUGCUUCCAGGUACCUACACUGUCACUGCCACAGCACCCAGGUUUGACCCAGAGACAGUGAGUGUGACCGUGGGUCCUGGGGAACCCAAACUGGUUAAUUUCCAACUCAAGAGAAGCACCCCUCCAGCAGCCCCUAAGAGGAGAGGCCCCAACUCAGGGCAUAGAGGCAGAGUCUUACCAAAGAAAGUACAGCCCCGGGCAGCUAGGAAAAAAGAGAUGAUGGUGAAACAGUCCCAGAGAGUCCCUGCCUGAAAUCCACAGUCCCCGGGGCAACACUUUUGAAAGGCUUUGUUUCCACUCUCACACCAGA